CUGAAAAACUAGGCCGAAAAGAAAAAGGGAAAUUGGGCCUAAAAGGCCCACGUGUGAAAAACUAAACUGAGCCCAGCUUUAUGGUCAUGAAUACGACGUCGUUUCUGUCUGACGCUGAAGAGUUCUCGUUUAUCAUUUUUGUAGGGUCGAGAAAAUGUUAGCUGCACUAGUGUCAUCUUCAUCUUCCAGAUUCUUCUCUUCUUCAGUUGGAAAGACUUGCCCUCUCUCUAGAUCUUCGAUUCCUUCUUUUUCUCGCUUUUCAGUCCGAUCAAUGGCCGAUUCCGCUUUUAAAAAAAUCCAGAUCAAAAGAGAUGAUACCACGUUCGAUGCCUAUGUGGUGGGUAAAGAUGAAGCGCCUGGGAUUGUGGUGAUUCAAGAAUGGUGGGGUGUUGACUUUGAGAUCAAGAACCACGCCAUUAAAAUCUCACAGCUUGAGCCUGGUUUCAAAGCCCUUAUACCCGACUUGUAUCGAGGAAAAGUUGGUCUUGAUGCUGCAGAGGCACAGCAUCUGAUGGAUGGCCUUGACUGGCCAGGUGCUAUCAAAGAUAUCCGCGCUUCUGUUAACUGGCUCAAAGCCAAUGGCUCAAGCAAGGUUGGUGUGACUGGAAUGUGUAUGGGAGGUGCACUAGCUAUAGCUAGCUCUGUUUUGGUUCCGGAGGUUGAUGCUGUGGUCGGAUUCUAUGGAACCCCUUCCUCUGAGCUUGCGGAUCCAGCACAAGCCAAGGCACCUGUUCAGGCUCAUUUUGGAGAGCUUGACAAUUUUGUCGGUUUCUCUGAUGUCACGGCGGCGAAGAAUCUGGAAGAGAAGCUGAAAGCGUCGGGAGUAGCACACGAGGUUCACAUAUACUCGGGGAACGGGCACGCUUUUCUGAACAGGAGCCCUGAAGGGGUGAGCAGAAGGAAAAGCAUGGGACUUUCUGAUGAAGAUGAAGCUGCGGUGGAGCUUGCUUGGUCUCGCUUCAACUCCUGGAUGAAACUUUACUUGGUUUAAACCUUCCUUUUUGUCAGACACGAUGUUUCGUGUAAGAUGCGCAAUGAUCUUAGAGACACUCUGCUCUUAGGACUUUCUGUCUGAAUGAAAUAAAAGUGGUUUGUUUCGUUUGCUUGUGGGUUUUGUGUGGAAUUGUUCGAAGUUUUAUUUACAACUGAGUCUGUAUUUGUGUGUUAUGAAUCGAACUUAAUCGUCAAACAAGGGAGGAAAAAUUAUUUAGUUGUAGGGCAAUUAAUAUGUACUCAACAUGUACAAAUGUUAGCUUCUCUUGUCAAAGUUAAUCAAGAAUGCGAAAAUGAUAGAAUAGCCGAUUGUCUUCCUUUCU